AUGGAUUCCCCAAAAAUAGAGGAUGAAACAGCACAACAGCAACAACAACAAAAUACUAAAACAUGUUCAAAUAUAGAAAAAGUCUCGAAAAUACCGGAUUUGGUUUUGCCAAGAAUGAAGAAAAUGGAUGCAGAUGCAUCGCCAUUAUUGGGAAUUGAUGAGGUCUUCAAAAAAAGAUGGCAAGUUCAAGGUUUGAUUGGAAAAGGUGGAUAUGGUGAAAUAUAUCUAGCAAGUGAUACAAAACGCGGUGAAGAAGUUGCGAUUAAAGUUGAGCCGAAAAUUCGACGAGAACGAUCUAGGAUCCACAAGUCUGGUUCGAGUUAAUGGAAUCCCAUUGGAAGAUGUGAAUCAAAUCAAAUAUCUUGGCAGAAUCUUCAAAAAAGAUGGACUACUGGAUGCUGAAGUGAACAACCGAAUAAGAUCGGGUUGGGCGUCAUAUCACAACAUCGCGACCGCCAUCUCAGAACUUCCAGAAAAAGAGAAGAACCACUUCCUCAAAUCAAGUGUAAUUGGAGCAAUAACCUAUGGAUGUGAAACAUGGAAUACCAAGGUGGAAGAUGUGAAGAGAAUCCAGAGAAGUGUGAAUUAUAUCUGGGAUCAAGCUCAAGCUGGUAAACCACCAAAUAUGGAAACCCACAUAAUGAAGUCGAAGUUGAGAUGGGCAGGACACGUAGUCCGGCUGCCACAAAGAAGAUUAUGCAGAAUCAUAACCAUCUGGGAACCACCAAUCGGCGUCAAAAGAAGAAGAGGGAGACCGAGAAAAAGAUGGUCGGAUGAUAUUCAAAGUGAAGUCAAAGUGCACCAACACAAUAUAAAUUUACAAGGCCUCGGGGGAGGCGGAAGAAGAAGGAUCGGGCUAAUCUCCAAUAAAAUGCCCUGGUCACGAUUGGCGAGAUCAAGAAGUUCCUGGAAACAUCUAGUCCACAGCUACACGCUCGAAUAA